GAAAAAUGUAAUGAAAACAGAACAACAAAAUUCGUAACAACAAUUCAAUGAGUAUCGACAUAAAAUAUAAAUAAUAUAAAACCUUAGUUAAAACCCACACCCAUCUUUUAGAACAUGAGAGGUCUUUUUCAAAACUUUAUAAUAGAGAUACUGUCUAACAUGAUUUCUGUAAGUUUCCGUCGAUAGAGAAUCUUCGUAACAUUUUACUUCAUAUAGAAAUUAUUAUUAUGUAGCCACAACUACUAAAAAUAUUUUUUAAGACAAUAUUCCUUGACGAAUGUCUACAUAGUUUUUAUUAUAACUUCCCGGGUUGUAAAUUAAAUAAUUGACGUAUUUGUACACGCAUGCGCCUUUAUUCCUACGCGAAGUGAGCUGCAGCUGGCUGUUACAAAUUUGCUCUACGUCCGUCAUGAUCCAGACUUGUCGGCGGCUCCUUAGUGUUCGGUGGUCAGUCAGGCAGCUCUGAUAACGUAUUGAACUCAACUUACGAUUAUAACUUUAUCUGCAGCUUGAAUUUAAAAACAACAACAACUUUCAAAAGUGGGCAUGCCUCGGCUGAAUGGUGGGUCUUACACAUCUUUGGACCAAGUUUACAAGGGCACAACCUUGCCCAACAAAAAUGAAGAUUUAAAGAAAAUUCUUCGGUUUGGGGGUGCUAAGAAGAAAUUAGAGCCUUUAUUACAAAAGAACACUUCAGAUAUGAAAGUUGUUCUAACUGAAGAAGCGGAAGCUAUCAGCAAGCCAGACAAAAUGCCGACCAUAAAUGCUGAAGAAGCUGCUCUCCUGGGUAUGUUGUCCGUUGACAGCAUGGAUGACAUCGAGUUGAAAAACAUCCAGCUUCAGUUCCCGAGCGCGCGACGGUUCAGCGGCGUGGGCAGCUGCUCGGAGGUCCGGGUUCGGACCGACCGCGGCGACAUCGUCGUGGCCGUCCAGGGCGACAGGGCCAAGCCGGCUAUCCUCACCUACCACGAUCUGGGGCUUAACUACAUUUGCUUCCAACCAUUCUUCAACUUCGUGGACAUGCGCGCUCUGCUGGAAAACUUCUGCGUGUACCACGUGAAUGCGCCUGGGCAAGAGGAGGGUGCGCCGAGCUUGCCCGAAGAUUACAUAUAUCCGACGAUGGACGAGUUGGCCAAUCAGCUGAACUACGUUCUUGGCCACUUCGGGAUCAAGACCUUCAUCGGGUUUGGCGUUGGAGCCGGUGCCAACAUCCUGGCUAGAUUCGCGCUUGCCCAUCCACAGAAGGUGGACGCGCUGGCCCUGAUCAACUGCACUUCGAAUCAGGCCGGCUGGAUCGAAUGGGCUUACCAGAAGCUGAACAGCCGCUCGCUGCGCUCGCGCGGCAUGACUCAGGGAGUGCUCGACUACCUCAUGUGGCACCACUUCGGACGGUAUCCCGACGAGCGCAACCACGACUUGGCGCAGAUGUACCGCACGUACUUCACUCGCAACGUGAACCCGACCAAUCUGUCCAUGUUCAUCGACUCCUACGUGCGCCGCAGCGACCUGGGGAUCACCAGGGAGAGCGACUCCAUCAAGGUCCCGGUGCUGAACAUCACGGGAGCCUUGUCCCCGCACGUGGAUGAUACGGUGACCUUCAACGGCCGCCUUAACCCGACCAAGGCUACGUGGAUGAAGAUCUCCGACUGUGGCAUGGUGCUUGAGGAACAGCCGGGGAAGAUAUCGGAAGCUUUCCGUCUGUUCCUGCAGGGGGAGGGUUACGUGGCGCCCCUGUCGCCGACGAAGAUAGUGGCGUUCCGCCGGCUGUCGGACUCGGAACGCCGCCGCUCGUGCCGCCACUCGCCCGUGAUCCGCAUCACCGAAAAUCCGAUCUCGGAAGCGGUUGUGUGUUAAGCACUUUACGCUCGCUCGGGCUCGCGCGCAACAACGCAGAGCUAAACUAAACAUGUUCGCUUAAUUAUCUAUGAACGAACAAGGAAGAAUGAUGGUGAUCCGUAGCAUGAUCUAAGUUAAACUGUUUAUUGUGUCGUGUUUACAUGUAAUUUUUAUUUCCUUUAAUACAAAAAUGAAAACAUUAUAAAAUAUAAUCGAAAAUAUGACGAUGGCCAUAUCAGACUCAGAGUAGCAGUGUUUAAGUUUUUAAAGAAGGUAAAUUUUUAUUUAAAAAAAAACAUAGCUACCAUUGUCUUUUAUCUUGAAUAGAUCAUGGUACGGAUAAAGCGUUGCAGCUAGACAGUAGAUACUUGCUGCAACGCGCAGGUAAUGUUUUUUAUUUUGGUAACAGGAAUUUUUAAGUAUUGACUUAUUAUCUCUAUACUUUUUAUUUAUGUUUUUAUGUUUGUAGUGUCUUUACUGAGAUUUCGAAUUACUUUUAUUUGCAAUGAAUAAUAACAUAAUGUAGACCAAUUGCAUUCAGCACUUGCGCACAUGUGGCAUCAAUAAAUAUAGUUUUACGUCUAACAAUGCAUUUAGAACCUACUUUUCAAACAAGUCUUGAUUGUAUGUAGGUAAUAUAAUAAGUAAAUAAGGUAUGGUGUACAGCAGCGUUAACAACAAUAAGUACUAAAAUUUAUGUAGUAUGCAGGAGAUUCGCUGUGACAUAUGUAUGUAAACGAAUUGCACCAGGGAGGUUCAACCUCUCUCUCUCAACUCUCUUAACAUUUAGAGAAAAACUAAACGCAUUUUUAGUGGCUGUCAUAACUCACGUUGCUGUAUACCGCCCUCUGUAAAGAGUGUUAGGGAAAUGAAUCCGGAACCAAAGAUUUAACAUAAGUGUAAGUACAUAUCUGGGGAGGGAAGACGUUUGAUGGCAGGGCCGCGCGAGCCAAGCGGAUAGGUUCCUCACGCCAGUGAGACGCACUGUUGACGUUGUUAUACCUAUCUAUAUCAUUAUAUCAUUUAAGGAAAAUUUUAUUAGUGCCCACUUUACAUAAUAUAUACAUCUCUAGACAAAUUCUGUUAGGCUAUUGUAACACUUAUUACGAAUCGGUUAAAGUAAGCGGGGGUUUUGUAAUUUAGAAAUAAAGGAACAUGAGGGCUGGGGUGCAGUUCCCAAGGGAAAUGGUCGCAUUUGAAUGUCUUAUGAAGAUAAUAAUUAUGUUGAUGUGAUGCAAAAAAUAAUGUACUGUGUCAGCCAAGUGAAGUAGUAGACCAGAUUUUCGUCAUUCACUCAAAUACGACCAUCACACCGGGAUGCACGUUAGGUGCUAUGCUAAGACCAAGAUAGUUUUUCAAAAUAAAAGAUCGUCUAACGAAAAGUCUUAAUAAAAUAUUUUGCAAAUGUAAGUUUUUUUAAUGAGCUAAUAUUAAAUUACUUAUAACAUGUAAAAUUAUUACGUUAACGAUUAUUAUAAAGAAAUCGGGCACCUAUGCAUGUGCAUUGUGCAUGAAUUCCGUGAUUUAUUUGAUUUACUUUUAAGACAAUUUAAACUAAGGCCUACGAUGCGUGAAUCGAAGCGUUGUGAUCGUUUUCUUGAGUAGGUAUUUAUAUAUAGAUUAUUUUCAAUUUUUAAAAGUUUAUUUUGAUGUGAUUAAGUAUUAUCGGUUAUACCAUUAAUUAAGUUGAAUUUAGGUAGUAAUUUAUUUAUAUAUCUCUAAAUAUAAGUACAUUUCACCGCUUAUAGUUGUGAAGCUACAUAGAACAAUAAAUACUAUUUAAUCGCAGUGGCUUUUCGAAGAGCAGUUUAUACGUGCUGAGACUGUUGCCGAAUCUCAGUGUAGAUGUUAUAUGGAGAUAGAAGUCCUAGAGCCGGAUCCCCACUCGACAUCUGCACACUCCGUCCCACUGUGACAUUCCUCAAAACUAUCAGUUCUCAAUUUCCUCAGUUUAAGCGGUUACAAUGAAAUUGUAUUACGAGCUAUGCUAAUAGAGAAUAAGGUUAAACAUAUGUAAAGGUGUUAGUAAUAUAAGCUUGGAGAAGUAUAUUAAACGGAGUAUUUUUGAUGCAAGUGACAUAUUUCUAGAUUUUUGGUAAAAAUUUUGAAAUCAACAGUUAAAUAUUGGCGGAUGCUUGGGCCUUGGAAGAGCUUGCAUCAAAAAUACACGUGGAUUUUAUAAUGGCUUGUCUUUGAAUAAAUAUAUAUUAGUAAUAACCGCAUAAAUUGUAGGAAGUAUCAACCCUCUUAUAGACCCUUUGUACAACUGUAUGUUUAUCUAGAUUAUGUUGUACGGUGUAUUGACGGUUACAGUAUCGGGGAGUUCUCUUCGUGUUUAGAAUAGUAGAUCUGUAGGAGGAUCCGAGUAGUUAUAACGUUCGUUCCAACCAUAGAAGUUUAUAUGUAUGACGUAAAACGGUUUUCAAAACAUUCCGUUCUUUCCGAAUAACUGCAACGGUUUUCAAAAUAAACAUCCAAAACUGAAAUUGUCGUACAUUUAAAUUCUCAAGUUGCUAUUAUAUGCUUAGUAGUCCAAAAUAUUCUUGUGAAAUAUUAUUACAAGAAUAUAUUCUAGAAUAAACAUUUCAUCAUGUUAAAAAAAUGUGUAGUGAUUGAGAUCUGGUCUUAUUUCGAAUAACUUGUGUGAAUUUAACAUAUGGGUCUAUUAAAAGGUGUUUU